AUGGUCUCUCUCUCUCUCACUGUCCCUCUCUCUCUGUCUGUGUGUCUGUGUGUCUGUGUGUCAGGUCUAACCCUACUGCUGCCAUACAUCCUGACCACCCGUAAGAAGUUCAAGGACUGUAAGAUGAGGAUCUUCAUCGCUGGCCAGCCGGGACGUGUCGAGCAGGACAGACAUGAGAUGAAGUCUCUGCUGGAGAAGUUCAGGAUCAAAUAUGCAGACAUCUACGUCAUCGACGACAUCACCCAAAACCCCAACUCUAACAGCUGGAAGAUGUUUGAGGACAUGAUCGAGCCGUUCCGUCUUCACGAGGGGUCAAAGAGCACCACUCUGGCCGAGGCUCUGAGGAAAGACAACCCCUGGAAGAUCUCUGACGCCGAGCGACAUUUCGAGGAAAGGACCAACCUCCAGGUCAGGCUGAAUGAACUACUGCAGGAGAACUCCCGAGCUGCCAACCUCAUCAUAGUGAGUAUGCCCAUCGCCCGUCUAGGCUCAGUCUCUGACCACCUCUACAUGGCCUGGUUGGACAUCCUCACCAAGAACCUCCCUCCCACCAUGUUGAUCAGAGGCAACCACAAGAGCGUCCUCACCUUCUACUCAUAGACCAACCCUCUCAGCAGUCACUAAAUGGCCAUGCCACAAGGGACAACCAAGGCACGUUCAUCAAUAUCCAGGAGUUAGUUGCUAUCAGUUUAAAUGAAAAGGUGAUGGUUAGGGAUAAGGUUAUGGGAAAGGUUAAAGGUUAGAAAGUGAUGCUCUUCCGUCUUUUCUAGCAUGACCAAAUAGUGACGACGCAACACAGACAUAUGGACUCAGGGAUAUAUGGGCACAAGGACAAGACACUGCCUGGGAUGGGUCAGUUACACUGCCAGUGCCUAUGCUACACCCCGUUGGAAUUGUACAUGUGGUGCAUAAUUAUGGGUCCAAGCCCUGAAUCGGGCCGGAAAACUCUUAUUAUUAUAUAUAUUAGUCAUGUAACACAUGYUCUUAUCCAGAGMMACUUCCAGUUAGUGUUAUUGUUAAGGAUAUUAUUAUUCUGACAUAUUAUUAUUAUUAUUMCAAGUUUAAGAGAGCUAUAGUUCGACCUACAGAGACCAAACUUGGAGGGAUGGCGUAAAUUGGUGACCCAAUACAUCUGGUAAAUCUUUGGUAUUUGACAGAGUGGGACUGGGAUGUUAGAUAACAGACUGGUCCCAGGCUAGUUGGAGCCCCCUGCUGGCUACGGCAUCUCAAAUACGGUAUACUUUUUCGUUAAAAUGUACACUUGUCCACUAACCAC